AUGGCCGAUACCGUGGUCUUACCGCGUGCUGCGGAGCCAGCACUUGGCAGUGGCUCACCUGCGCUGAGGCUGGCGCCACAGGAUUCCGCCGACAUUACGUCUUCCCUUUCGCACAGCUCAGCCGAGCGUGGUUCGAGGUUUCCUGAACAGGCCUCGAGCCUUGGAGUCGAUCAGCCAGAUAGAGUGGCCCGAGAAUUGGCGGCAAAGCUUCCGCUCAAAGAGCAGGUUUCCCUCUUGGCAGGGUCUGACUUUUGGCGCACUGUUGCUCUGCCUCACCGAGGAAUUCCUUCAAUCAAGACCACCGAUGGACCCAACGGCGCUAGGGGACAGUGGUUCAAAAAUGGCACUCCGGCUGCUCUGUUCCCUUGUGGCAUUUCUCUUGCAGCUACCUGGAACACGGGUCUGCUGGAAGAGGUGGGCAAGCACCUCGGUGACGAGACCAAAGCCCGAGGCGCUGAUGUCCUGCUAGCUCCCACAGUGUGCUUGCACAGAUCGCCACUCGGAGGCCGUAACUUCGAAUCGUUCUCCGAAGACCCUUUCCUGACAGGAAAGCUUGCCGCCGCCUACAUCCGCGGUUUGCAAAGCAAGAAGGUCGCGGCAACCAUUAAGCAUUUCGUCGGCAAUGAACAGGAGACCCUGCGCAUGACGAUUGAUUCGAUCAUCGCUGAGAGGCCCCUGAGAGAACUUUAUCUGAAGCCUUUCGAGAUUGCCAUCCGAGAGGCGUCGCCGUGGGCUUUGAUGAGCUCGUACAAUCUUGUCAACGGAGUGCAUGCGGACAUGUAUCCACAUACUCUGAAGAAAAUCCUUCGCGAUGAAUGGAAAUACGAUGGCAUGGUCAUGUCUGAUUGGACGGGUACAAACUCGGUCGCGGAAGCCAUCUCGGCGGGCUGUGCCCUGGAGAUGCCAGGCCCAACCAAGUGGCGUGGCGAGAAAGCGGUGCGCGCGGUUGAGAAGGGAGAACUUGCCGCCGAAGAUGUUGAGCGUGCUGCUGGGGACGUGCUCUACCUUAUCCAGAGAACGAAAGGGCUCAACAAUGACGCGCCAGAACCAGAAGAACGAGCGAACGACAAUGCCGCCAUCCGUCAGGUCAUACGUCAGGCCGGGGCCGAGGGGUUGACGCUGCUGAAGAACGAGCGGAACACUCUGCCCAUCAGAUCUGCGAAAAAGAUCGCAGUUAUUGGACCAAAUGCGAAGCGUGCCAUUGCCGGAGGCGGCGGCAGUGCAAGCCUCAACCCUUACUACACGACAACGCCAUUCGAUGGACUUGCCGCUCAUUUUGACGGAGAGCUAACUUAUUCCCGCGGCUGUGACACGGCGAAAUGGCUCCCGCUUGCCUCCCCAUUCUGCACUACAGAGGAUGGGAAGCAAGGAGUAACACUCGAGUACUAUUACCAUGAUCGAUUCGAGGGAGUUCCCGCGUCGGUGCAGCACAAGGCCAAUACUGAUCUUUUCCUGUGGGACUCUGCACCAAAGGCUGUUCUACCGGCAUACUCAUUCAAGGUCAAGACAACUCUGACGCCCAAGACAUCGGGGAGCCACACUUUCAGUUUCUCCAGUGUUGGACCUGGUCGGCUCUUCUUGAAUGGAGAGUUGUUCAUCGACAACUGGGACUGGAUAGAGGAGGGCGAAGCCAUGUUCGAGGCGUCCGAGGAUGUCCUGAAGUCUGUGUACUUGGAAGCAGACAAACCUGUCCAAAUCCUUGUUGAGAGCAAUAACGAAGUACGCCCGGCAUCGAAGAUUAUCCCCGGUAAGCCAACACACGCCUAUGGUGGUUGCCGCAUUGGAUACGAAGAGGAAUCGGGGAUCGAUCUUCUUCAAGAAGCGGCAAAUGCAGCAAAAGAAGCCGAUGCUGCGGUUGUGUUCGUCGGCCUGGAUGCAGAAUGGGAGUCGGAAGGCUACGACCGUCAAACGAUGGAUCUGCCCAAGCACGGAAGCCAGGACCGUCUUGUUGAAGCGAUACUCGCAGCAAACCCAAGUACGGUCGUGGUCAACCAGUCGGGCACGCCGGUCACCAUGCCGUGGGCAGACAGAGCACCCGCGAUUCUUCAGGCGUGGUACCAGGGACAGGAAGCCGGUAAUGCCCUUGCAGACGUCCUCCUGGGUCGCGUGAGUCCUGGAGGCAAGCUCCCCACGACCUUCCCCAGAAGACUGUCGGACAACCCAGCAUACCACAAUUGGCCUGGCGAGAAUGCCAAGGUUGUGUAUGGUGAGGGUAUCUUCAUCGGAUACCGGCACUACGAGCGGUGCGGGAUUGAGCCGUUGUUCCCUUUCGGUCACGGAUUGUCGUACACGACUUUCUCGUAUGGCAAUGCCACCAUCAGCGACCGAACGCUUGAACAAGACGGAUCCGUGAAGGUCACCAUACCUGUGACGAACACUGGCAACUUUGCCGCGGCCGAGAUUGUGCAGGGCUACAUAAAGGACGUGAAGUCAAAACUGCCGCGCCCGGAGAAGGAGCUGCAGGCGUUCGGAAAGGCGUUCCUGCAGCCCGGCGAGACGAAGAACGUGGAGCUGGUGUUCGACAAGUACUCGGUUGGGUAUUAUGACACGUCAUUGGAAUCGUACAUUGCCGAGGAAGGUCGCUUCGAGGUUCUCAUCGGUUCCUCAUCCGCAGACAUUCGGUGUUCAACGUCAUUCGAUGUGCUUGAAUCAUUUACUUGGGUAUUCUAA